AUGGAACGCCUCCAGCUCGAGCACGACCAAGUCGUGCGCACAAACGGCGCGCUCAUCGACGCGUGCGCGGUGGGCGACGCCGCGGUGUGCCUCGUGCGGCGGUACGAGGAGUGCUGGGGCGCGCUGCGCGCGGUGGAGGGCGGGAUCGCGUACGCGCACUUCCCGUUCCCGGUCUUCUUCCCGGCCCAUCUGCCCCCGGCGCCGAUGCACAUCACGUACGAGCGCGUGUUCGCGUUCGUGGUCGGCGCUGCGCGGGACGCGGUCGACCGGGAGCAGGGCAAGGCUCGGUCGAAGCGGGCGCGGGUCAUGGCGGAGAUCAAGCGGUGGCACCCGGACAAGUUCGCGACGGAGGUGGUGCCGCGGGUGAACGAGGGCGACCGGGGGAUGCUGAAGGAGGCGGCGAAGGCGGUGGUGCGGUGCCUCAACGACAUGAAGGACGACCCGCGUGUUCUGCGGGGAUGA